CUCCCGCAUCUAUUUCGCUGCGCCUCCUUUAAACACCCGAGUCCUCUCUCACAAGCACGCUCUCUCAAACCCUAGAACUCGAAACCCUAUUCAACCAUGCCGCCAAAGUUCGACCCAACCCAAGUGGUGGACGUGUUCGUCCGGGUGACCGGAGGAGAAGUUGGUGCGGCCAGUUCUCUCGCGCCAAAGAUCGGUCCUCUUGGUCUCUCGCCCAAGAAGGUAGGAGAAGACAUUGCUAAGGAGACUGCCAAGGAAUGGAAAGGGCUCCGGGUAACAGUCAAGCUCACGGUUCAGAAUCGUCAGGCUAAGGUUUCGGUUGUCCCAUCGGCGGCUGCCUUGGUCAUCAAAGCUCUCAAGGAGCCGGAGAGAGACCGGAAGAAGACGAAGAAUAUCAAACAUAAUGGAAACAUAUCGCUCGAUGAUGUCAUCGAGAUUGCCAGGAUUAUGCGUGGUAGAUCCAUGGCCAAGGACCUCAGCGGCACAGUCAAGGAGAUUCUGGGUACCUGCGUCUCCGUUGGGUGUACGGUCGAUGGGAAGGACCCCAAGGAUCUGCAGCAGGAGAUUACUGAUGGUGAGAUCGAGAUACCUGAUAAUUGAGAGUUGGAAAGUGGAAAAAAAGUGAAAAAAGGGCUUUGUUUUUUGUUUUUGAUAUUAUUAGUAUUUCUGUUCUUUUAAUUAUGAAGCAGUUUUGGAUUUAUAUAAGGAUUAUUGCUUUCGGGCUUUUUUGAAUUUAAUCGUUAAUCUCUAAUUUGUUCAUUUGAAUGUGAGCUUCCAUGAGAGGUUUCAAUUGAAUGAGGAGAUUAAGGUUUUAUGUUAGUGUUUGGUACAUGAGUUUUAUAAUGCACUAUCAGUUGAUGGAA